AUGGGUGACGAUCUUCUUUCCAUGCCAAAUGCCAAGGACAUGCCUGACGAAGAAAUGCGAGGUCUUCCAAGGUUGCCUCAAGGCCAUGGCCACAUGACCAGGUUCGUCUUCCCCACACGGGCCGCAGACGGUUCUGGAAACCCAUCCUAUGAACUAGACAAGUGCGCCCAUGCAAUGAUCGGAACCAUGUGGCUGCUGUCAAAGCUAGGGAUGGUACCGCGGCCAAACUCCACAUCCUGA